CUGACUAGGGCAUGCCGGGAAACGUAGUUCUGGAGGAGGAAACCGGCCGGUCGCCUCCGCAGCCAUGGACUUCGCCGCCGCGGUCACUGUCCGGCCGUGCCGAGCCGAGGACUGCGCGGACGUGGGGCGCAUGAUCCGGGAAUUGGCAGCCUUUGAAAAAAUGUCGGAGCAGGUCAAAAUCACGGAGGAAGGGUUGUGUGAAGACGGCUUCGGUCAGGACCCCUUUUACAAAUGCCUGGUGGCUGAGUUGCCCUCCCCGUGCCUGAGCAAAGAGGGCCACAGCAUCAUAGGUUACGGCCUCUACUUUUUCAUCUACAGCACCUGGAAAGGCAGGAACGUCUACGUGGAAGACCUGUAUGUGAUGCCAGAAUUUCGGGAGAAAGGAGUGGGACAGAAGCUCCUGAGUGAGAUUGCAAAGAUCUCCUUGGAGAAAGGCUGCACCCAAAUGAGGCUGGGGGUGCUGGACUGGAACCGCUCGGCCCUCGACUUCUACUCCCGGCGAGGGGCUGUGGACCUGACGGCCUCGGAGGGCUGGCACUCCUUCCGCUUCGAGGCAGAGGCCCUGCAGCGGCUGGCCCUGGGCGAGGCGGGCAGAGGGGCCGGGCUGGGGUCCUUGAGCCCUGCUGGGCGGGGGUCUCUUCCAGCCCCCGAGACUCUGCCCAGGUUGACUCAGGGUGUACCAAGCUGGCAAUAAAUCUGAAUUUCUAAGAAA